AUGUUUUCAAAAACUCUGCUUUUGAAAUUCAAUUGGAUAGAGUGUCUAUUUUCACUCGAGAAUUCUCUAUAUUCUGUCGUGUCCACUGCAAAUGGAGCUGCAAUACACGAUUGGUCGAAAACAAAACGAGACCUUCAUGUGAGCUGUCGUGCAAGUAUUUUGGAUAUCCGCGCUACUUCAAAGAACGAAAAAGAGCAAAAAUAUUGUCGUGCUGAGGCAGAAGAACUUGUUUUAUCUGAAUUUUGCUCUCACAAGUUGCAUCUACUGCGACAAAUGAAUAAGAAAAAAGGGACCACCGGCCGUAUCGUCUAUCGAAAGAAGAAGAAUCAUUUUUAUUCGAUGUCAAAGUACCUUUAA